AUGCUGCACUUCUUCCGGUAUCCUCCUCCCUCCAGAUCCCUGCAGUUUCCCACCAAUGAAGGUCAUUAUUUCUUUGUUUGGAGUUGCUUGUCUUCUUUUUCAGUGUUGGCCACUGCUGCUGCUUCUACUCCAUGAGCUCUUCCAACCACAACAACUUGGCCGAGACGGCCUUGAUUGCCGGCGUGGCGGCGGCCAUUAGUGCCUUUGUGGUCCACCGCCUGAUAAGCAAGGACAAUAGUCCUCCGUACCCCUACCCCGCCACCUUUCUGCAGAGUGGUCGGACACUGACGGGUACCGAAGAGACGACGGUUCUGCAAAGUCGCGGUUGGUCGAUGGAAGAAGCGCUCAGUAAGGCCAAAGAAGGAUCCCAAAAAGCCAAAGAAAAGGCGCCACUGCAAGUCUUGCUGUCCUUGCAAAAGGGCAAUUCUCGGUUUUGGACCGGUGCGGCCUCACGUCCUGAAGUUUCCGCCUUUGAACGUCGUGCUCUCAUCAAACAACAAUUUCCUUCCACGGCCGUACUGGGUUGUUCCGAUUCGCGGGUCCCGGUCGAAAUUGUCUUUGAUCAAGGACUCGGGGACAUGUUUGUCGUCCGAGUUGCUGGAAAUUGUCUGGGGCCGACUACGUGUGCGUCUUUGGAAUAUGCCAUUCAUCAUUUGCAAGUCAAGGUAGUGCUGGUCAUGGGACACGAAGGAUGCGGUGCCAUUCAAGCCGCACGGCUGCCACUGGAGAAAAUUCAAAACGAAAGUAAAUCGCUCUCGGAAAUUCUUCAAAAGAUCAAAGCCGGAUUGCAAGACGAUCACUUGUCCAACAUUGUCGAUGCGCGAGCGAGAGAUCGAGAAUUGGUGGCCAUGAAUGUGCGCAAUCAACUUCAACAGUUGGUACAAGAUCCGCAAAUCAUGGACAAGGUCAAUGGCGGCAAUCUCAUUAUUGUGGGAGCCUUUUACGAGAUAUCGUCCGGCAUUGUGGACUUUUUCAUGCAAGUUUCCAAACCGAAUGGUAGUAUGAAACCGUCGACGGGGGUGCAAAGUCGAUAUGAUCCAGAGACCAAAGAAAUCAUUUUUGCGUAAACUACACUAACUAUUAGUUAUGUAGAUCGUUUUCAGUGCUGCUCC